GGCUCAUUAUCGCGGACUCAGUCUGUGCUCGUCUUCCUGCAAGAGAGAACGCAUUCUUUCUUCAGAUCGCAGCAGCCGUCGCUGAGGGAGCAGCUUCUUCACCGGACCCACUGACACACUCAAAUAAUUCACCUCAACUUGCCAAGUGUGGUGAUUGUGCAGUUGCAGCAGCAGUAGCGAGAGUGCAGCGAGGUUGAGCGGGGUGCCGUGCGUGGUGCACUUGUUCUUGCUUUUCCUCUUGAGAGUCUUCUGGAGCGGCGGGCGAUGUCGAUCGUAUCGACUCUGGCGCUGCCGUGCGGCGGCGCCGACGCAAUCCUGUGCACCACCGGCGGCAGGGGGUUGGUCGAGGGCGAGGGGUGGUGGGACGGCGUGCGGACGGCGGCCAGUGUGCUCGGGACCGCGCCGCAGGACACAGCCCCACACAGAGCAGCCCUCCAGUACAGCCAGCAGCGCGCCAGGCGAGCCCUCAGCUCGGCCAUUCUGGGCCCGGCCCCGCACCUGAGGCUCCCGAAGCAUCAGCCCCCUCAACUCAAGUCGAGCCCCACGCCGCCUGCGAACACUUUGGGGCCGCCUAGAUCUCCACCCCAACGUGAAAUGGAAGUGGUGCCAUAUGGGAAAAACUUUCGCUUGGUUCCAGAAGACGAGCUGCCCGAACUCUUGGAUUAUUUAUCGCAACAUUUACCGCAAUCACUCAAAUUUCAACAGACACUGAGGACAUUUCUGACCGACCGCGUCUGGGAUUUUUAUUUCUACGUGACUAAAGACUGGCCGCAAGAGCCGGUGGUUCUUCACUUUCCUGGGAUCACCCACCCGCCAAAUGGUUUGCUGUACGAGAGCUUCAGCGUCUUCUGUCCGGACGACCGGCUGGACGCGCUGCAGCUGCUGCAGACCGAAGAUGUGCUCAUUGACUGGACACGGCCCCUGUACCUCAACUUCACCCCUCAGGUUAUCCUGGAGAGGAUGCGCGAGUUCUACGAACAAAUUGGGGAAAUUGAGACUGUCGAAGGUGAUGUCUACAUCAGCGUCCAGGAACCUCCGCCCCUUCAGGAGACUGAGCUGCCUCCAGAGGUGGAACUCCGGCAGCUGCGGCGCGUGGACGCCAAGACCAUCCACGACCUGUACCCCGCCCGCGACAUGGAGUGCCUGGAAGCGUUCGAGAAGUGCAUCGCGACGCUGCCCGCGUACGGAAUCUUCGCCAAGGAGGAUGAGGACGACGGCGAAAAGAAAACGCUGGCCGCGUGGAUGGUGCAGAGCUACUACGGCGCCAUGUUCUCAAUGCAGACUUUGCCCGAGUUCCGUCGCAAGGGCUACGGGAUCUUUCUAGCCAAGCGGCUGACCGCGGAUGUGCGGAAGCGCGGCUACGUGCCGUUCGUGGUCAUUCGGCCGGAGAACGCGGCCUCGCAGAGCCUUUAUCUGAAACUAGGUUUCGAGAAGCUUUACCAGACGGUCAGGGCUGUGCUCAAACCAUUUAGUGAGAUUCAAACCGACGAGACACAAUCCAGCAGCGCCAAGUGGUGCCACGACGUGCCCGCCCUCGGCGCCACCACCAUCGAGAUCAACCACCAGGAAAACGGCAAAAUCGAAUGCAACCUCGAGAUUAAGAACGGGGAGUUGGCCUAAUUCCCUCCCUAACGCUUUCUUUCUCAGCUCGCCGCUGUUUAUUCACAGAGAUUUUUUUUGGGUUUUUUUUUAAGUUGAUUCAGGCCAUGCUCUGGGCGGUGCGUGGAUAUGUGUUUGGAGUACUAAAAAACUAAACAAUUCAAUUCCUUCUCGGUUUCUUGAUUUUGAGAAAUUUGGAGUAAUGGAAAGGAAGUAUUGUGUAUAUUUACACAGAGAUGUGAAAUUAUAAAAAUGCACUAGGUGUUAAAUGUUAAGUUGGGUCUUUUUU